UCGCAGCGGAGCGAUUACAGAGAGUGUGUCCUACCUACCGAAUUGCACUGAUCCAUGAAAACGCCAGAUUACAACGGUACACAGCAGUCGCGUACCAUACCAGGAUUGAUUGUAAGUAUCAAUGAAACCAACGUAUCUCAUCGGUCACGAAUUUACCAUACACUGAACAACAGUCUGUCCGAUACUGAUACAAAAGAUUCCAUUAAUCAUCCGGGUUUAUAUGGACCUUGUUUAAUCGCUAAGAGUGAAGAGUCACAAUUCCUGUUAUUCUGUCACAAACAAAGCUCAAGCGCUGUGAUUAGAAAUUUGAUUCUGAGAGAAGCAGAUGGAGUUUAAUUCUUGGCAUAUUUAUCUGUGAUGGACAUUGUGUCCAUAGAAAGCUGUUACCCCAGUGACGCUACCCAUAGAGGGACUACAGGGAUAUUGAUGACAGAGAUAUUCUAGUCAACAAAGUAGUAACUUCCUUGUAGAGAGUGAGUCAAGCUGCAGAGAGAAACCAUUACAGAAUACGAUUGAUUGGUGGAAUUUCCUAUAGAGACUGUAGUUUGUAAAACCUUUAACAGCGAAAAUUGAUGAAUAAAUAUUCCUAUAGCUAGCAGAGAAAGUGAUUUGAAAGAUCCCAUAGAAAGAAGUUAUUUCUAUAGAGUUUGAUACCAUCAAGAUUUGUUCCAAUAUAUAAUUUGUUUGCAUGCAUCAACAUUGUAACCAGUAAUUAUAACUGGCAUAUCAACAAAGUUUUACAAAGUUGAGCUAGGAUGUCAGAAAAGGGAGCGAUGGAUAGACAAGAAAACGUCAGCACUGGAAGCGACGCUUCGAGUGGGGAUGAGAAUGUGGAGCGCGGCAACUGGUCACGGAAGAUGGACUUCAUGUUGUCAUGUCUGAGUUAUGCUGUGGGCCUUGGUAACGUUUGGAGAUUCCCCUAUGUCUGCUACAGGAAUGGAGCAGGGGCGUUUUUAAUCCCGUUCAUCAUCAUGCUGUUUGUGACGGGAAUUCCCCUGGUUUUUAUGGAGCUGUCCUUCGGUCAGUAUGGGAGCUCGGGAGUGGUGUCUAUAUGGAAAGCCUCGCCAAUAUUUCAGGGUAUUGGCUGGGCUAUGUUCAUUGUGUCGGUAUACAUCUGUAUCUACUACAACAUGAUCAUCGCCUAUACUCUGUAUUACCUGUUUGCUUCGUUUACUGCUAUGUUGCCGUGGAGUGAAUGUGGAGAAUGGAGUACCAGUGCCUGCAGUGGAGGAUCCCGCUUUGCCAUGAAGAAUUGUUCCGAGCACAGUGGGUCUUGGUGUAACGAUGAGUGCUACAAUCUGUCUACUCUGAACCAAACGUACAGGCAGAUCCUGGAGCCAAACUGUACUGAACUCGCUAAGGGCGUGGACUUCCGGUCCCCCAGUGACGAGUAUUUCCAUGUGAGUGUGCUGGGUAUGACAUCAGGUGUACAUGCUAUGGGCACCAUUAGGUGGGAGCUAGUUGGCUGCCUGGCGUUGGCCUGGGUACUGGUUGCCCUCUGCCUAGCCAAGGGCAUCAAGACAUCUGGCAAGGCGGUUUACUUCACAGCCUUCUUUCCCUAUAUCGUACUUCUGAUCCUGCUGGUGCGGAGCCUCACUCUGGACGGAUCUGUGGACGGUAUCAUCUACUACCUUACCCCCCAGUGGGACAAGCUUCUCAGUGCAAGGGUGUGGGGUGAUGCUGCUGUGCAGAUCUUUUUCUCACUGUCUCCUUGCUGGGGCGGCCUCAUCACUCUCGCCAGCUACAACAAGUUCCACAACAACACACUACAAGAUGCUGUGAUCGUGUCCAUCCUGGACUCCGUCACCAGUGUGUUUGCUGGAUUGGUCAUCUUUUCAAUCAUCGGUUACAUGGCUAAGGAGCUCCAGCAGCCAAUCGACAAGGUGGCAAGUGAAGGGGCAGGCUUGGCAUUUGUCGUGUAUCCAGAAGUGGUGACUAAGUUACCCAUCUCACAGCUGUGGUCCAUCCUCUUCUUCGCCAUGUUGAUAACCCUAGGUCUUGGCACACAGAUUGCCACGGUGACAACAGUACACACGACCCUGCUGGACCAGUUUCCACAGCUGUUCCGACGUGGUCAUCGGAGUCUACUACUGCUUGUUGGGAUAGCCGUGGGCUGUUUCCUUGUCGGACUUCCCUUCUGUACGCAGGGCGGGAUGUAUGUGCUACAACUGUUUGAUAAUUAUGCUGCCACCUACUCUCUCCUCAUAGUGGGGCUUACAGAGUGCUUCGCCAUAGCCUGGGUGUAUGGGGCAGAUAAGUUCAUGACAGACAUACAGUUGAUGACGGGGAAUCGGCCUCACAACAUGUGGAAGUACAGCUGGAUGUUUGUGGCUCCUGUGGCUUUACUGUUAAUCCUGCUUUUUACCUGGAUCGACUUCAAACCAACAAAAUACGACUUGUACAUUUUCCCGUCCUGGGCUGAAGGUUGCGGCUUCAUAAUAGGCUUCUCCUCUGUCAUCCUCAUCCCGAUAGUGGCUUGUUACAAGGGCUAUAAGGCACACUCACAACAGCCCAACAAGUCUCUAAAGAGAUUGUCAAAAGUCUUGCCGCCUCCACGGAGGACUGGGGCCCUGCCCUUAAGGAGCACAGAACCCAGAGGCAGGAGUUGUACAUCAACGGAGAGACAUUUGAGUCUCAAGUACCCCUCACUCGGCCAGCCCUCGAGGACACCAAGUGCUAACACCUAUAACGAAUUCCCCAUGUGCCACAUGUGACCUUUGCCAGAAGCUGCCUACCGGCCUGUGGAACAACUGUUUUACUGACAAUUACUAGCUCAAUCCAUUAUUUGUAGCAGUGCCAGUCCUCCGUCCUACAACUGUCAGCGCUGUCCGUUCAUCUAACACAUUCCACAGACAACUGUCUGUUCCAUUAUUUUGUCACAUAGCUCUUGGAACCGUCCGUCCCACACAUUCCCCUGACAACCGUGUUCUGUUCCUAGGCAACUACCUGUGCACUGCCUCAGUCUCAUAAAUGUUAGCACUGUCCAUUAAGCUUCAUUAAGCUUCACAACAUAGCCUGGCGACUGUUUUCAUCCUCAUCCUCCUCUAUGUAGUCAGGAUGUUGUACGAGAUACAUGAUGAUCCGCAUCAUUAGUCAUCAAUCAUUGUUUUUUUGUUUAUUAAAACAUUGAGAUUUAUGACACAGAUCUGAUAGUAUUCAUCUGGAAUGGUAUAUAAUCUACAAAGGAUAGUUUGAUCAACCAUGGGUUAUAAUGGUAAUUUUGAUCUGCUAUGAUCAGUGAUGUGUGGAUCUGCUAUGGUCAGUGAUGUGUGGAUCUGCUAUGGUCAGUGAUGUGUGGAUCUGCUAUGGUCAGUGAUGCGUGGAUCUGCUAUAGUCAGUGUUGCAUGGAUCUGCUUUGAUCAGUGAUGUGUGGAUCUGCUAUUGUUGGUUCUGCAUUAAACUGCUAUAGUCAUUGCUGCGUGGAUCUGCUAUUGUCGGUUCUGCAUUGAACUGCAUGGAUCUGUAAUGAUAGCACUGUCUUGAGCUGCUAUUAUCAGGGCUGCGCGGAUGUAGUGAUUACUGCGUGGAUCUGCUAUAGUCAGUGAUGCUAGAUGUGCUAUAGUGCUGCGUGGAUCUUCU